AUGCAAUUGGGCCUGUCCGAGAACCUCUCUGCCCUGGUGGCCCGGCGCUUCGUUGCAGCCAAAGAUGGUGGUCAUCUAGUCUUCUCCUCAACCUAUCUAUCCAUAAUAAAUGCCGCAGGGAUAUCGUACCAACUCCGCUACUGCCCAGCACUCGCAAAGAAACCCAUCAAUCCAGCUGCAAAGCCCCCCGCCGGCCCUAACCCCAACCCCCCCAAACCGGACCCCUUCGCAGACCCAUCCCCAGAUCUGCUGGUAGCGCAGUUCCCGCCCUCUCACCCAACGCACGCGCUCGUGCUGAACAAGUUCCCGGUUAUUCCCAACCAUUUCAUUCUCGCCACAAAAGAAUGGCGGGCCCAGACCGAUCUGCUGGAGAAAGACGACCUCGAGGUGACAUAUGAUUGUUUGCAGGCGUGGCCUGCUCAAAACAAAGACCCUGAGGGGAGGUUAUUUGCCUUCUUCAACUCUGGAGAUGAGAGCGGGGCCAGUCAGCCGCAUCGACAUCUGCAGUUCCUCCCCGUUGAGGCGAUGCGACAACAGCCCGAGUGCGAGGGAUGGAGUCCUCUCAUUGACCAGUUCUCUUCCUCUCCUUCUCAAUCACACUCCAACAAGUCCGCCCCGCUAACACUCCAUCAAUUCCCAAUUGCGGCUUACGCUCUACCCCUUCCGUCCAACCCAUCGCCAGAUACCCUCUUCUCUAUUUAUCAGACAUUAUACCGCGCAGCCGUGGCAGCGACACAAGGGAGAGAUUCACACCAAGGUCCCACCACACCGCCUCCUACGACCGGACCGUCGUUAAUUAGUUACAAUCUGGCCAUGACGCUCUCAACGAUGAUGAUUUGUCCCCGGCGACAUGAGACUGCUACCGUGCCCGUUGACUUGGAUGCGGCGAACGAUAUUCUUGACUCUGGUGUUGUUUCUCUGAACGGGACGAUUCUGGCGGGCACACUUAUGGUUAAAGCCGAGAGUGAGUGGGAUGCUUUGAGGGAGAACCCGCAGUAUCUGACGAAGGUGCUGGAGAAGAUUGGGUUUCCCAGGACUGAUUCUAGGGGAUUGUCUUACUUGUGA